CAGCUCGUAGCAGUUUCUUUAUUGUUCGUGAGAAAGUUUGUGUUGUGAUCCGUCAGAGCCUCUGUGUGUCCGGAUAAACCUGUCUGAAUGGACUUUGUGCUGUUCACCUUUUCUUUCUGGAUGUUUUACCUCUGACUCAUCUCCCGGUAGACUACAAACACAUUCAAGUUAGCUUAGCAUGCUAGCUGGUUAGCACCACGGCGCUAGUCAGAGUGACUGUUUGGAGAGCAAACUGUGUUUCUGACGGAGUUUGUGUGGAGAAAAAGUUGGUGUCACUGUGUGAAAAAUGUCUAAAGUCCAAACGGUGAGAGCGCUGGUGGAGCAGCGACUGACUGCGGCUGCUGAAGAGAUAUUUGGGCUGUUUGAAAGAACGAUAGCAGAGUACGAGGAGCAACUUUGUCGUUCAGAAGAGAAGAACGAGCGACAACAGAAACUACUGGACGCUGUUUUCAACCCUCAGAUUCAGUUACACAGAGCAGACGUCCAGCAGCUGUUGGUGGUGAAGGAAGAGUUUCCCUCUGAGCAGCAGGAGAGGAGCUGCAGUCUGGACCAGGACCAGGAGGACCCAGAGCCCCCACACAUUAAAGAGGAACAGGAGGAACCUUGGACCAGUCAGGAGGGGGAGCAGCUUCAGGGGCUAGAGGAGGCUGAUAUCACCACGUUCACAUUCACUCCUGUCCCUGUGAAGAGUGAAGAAAAUGAAGAGAAACCUCAGUCCUCACAGCUUCAUCAAACAGACUCUUCUGAACCUGAGACUGAUGACAGUGGUGAUUGGAAGGAGACCAGAGAACUUCAGUCAGGUUUGAACUGUUUGAAAAAAGAUGGUGGUCCUGUCACAGAUUCCUCAUUUCGUGCUGGUGAGAAACGAUUUAGCUGCUCUGAGUGUGGGAAAAGAUUUAGCUUCAAGAACUAUCUGAAGACACACAUGAGAAUCCACACAGGAGAGAAACCUUUCAGCUGCUCAGUUUGUAAGAAAACUUUUACACAGGGUGGAACUUUAAAGUCACACAUGAGUCGCCACACAGGAGAGAAACCUUUCAACUGCUCAGUUUGUAAGAAAACUUUUACACGGAGUGGAUCUUUAAAGUUACACAUGAGACUCCACACAGGAGAGAAAUCUUUCAGCUGCUCAUUUUGUAAGAAAACUUUUCCAGUGAGUGGAACUUUAAAGUCACAUAUGAUACGUCACACAGGAGAGAAACCUUUCAGCUGCUCAGUUUGUAAGAAAACUUUUCCAGUGAGUGGAGCUUUAAAGGCACACAUGAGAACCCACACAGGAGAGAGACCUUUCAGCUGCUCAUUUUGUAAGAAAACUUUUACAGUUAGAGAUACUUUAAAGGCACACAUGAGACUCCACACAGGAGAGAGACCUUUCAGAUGCUCAGUUUGUAAGAAAACUUUUACAAUGAUUGGACAUUUAAAUGUACAUAUGAGACUCCACACAGGAGAGAGACCUUUCAGCUGCUCAGUUUGUAAGAAUACUUUUACAGUGAGUGGAGCCUUAAAGAGACACAUGAGACUCCACAUAUGAGAGAAACCUUUCAUAAAUGUGCUGGCCGCUCAUCCUCAAAGUUUCAUCAAACUGAGGAGAACAAAGAGGCAGAGCCUCCAGCCAGCAGCCCACAUGAAGAGAUGCAAACCUCUUUUUCAAUCUUUUUAAAGGACUCGAUAAACUAUUUCAAGUCUUUUUUUAAAUGCUUUAAAGCUUGUAGUAACUUUUGUUAAUAUUUAUUCUGUGUGUAUGAAAUUUACCUACAAUAUAAUUAAACAACACUUUCUUUUCCAUGAUGUGAUAUAUUCAUUUCCUUUCUGUUCAUCUUUGUUUUGUUUUACAAAACGAAAGUUCACAAACUGAUAUUUUAAUUAAAUAUUUGAUUGUAGAAGUGUAACAGUGACAACUUUAUUUUUUUCUAACAGCAAAACAAAAUAAAAACAUUCUUGGUUGACCAAA